UGCUCCCAGACGGAAGGCUAGUGCUGUACACAAACAACUCCAGAGGUUUUCAAGAGGGAAUAAUUCAUAUUUCAUUCACUACAGGGAUGCAAUACUGGAAAAGUAGAAGCUGAAAGAGGGAAAAACUCUCUCAGCCAAAGACGGUUCUUGCAGCCAUGGCUUCUGAACUCCAUGAAGUGAUUUUUAUGGCCAAGCGAGAGCGACACAAGAAUCUUUUCCUGAACUACAGAAACCUCAACAUUUUCCCUGUGGAGCUCCUCAGAGAUGAAGGGAUGCAGUUCCUGGAGCGUCUCUUCAUGAAGAGAAACUCCCUCACAACACUUCCAGAGAACCUGGCUCAGAAACUUCCCAACUUGAUAGAAUUGUACCUGCACUCAAACAAUAUUGUGAUAAUUCCUCAAGCAAUUGGCAAUCUAGCGAAGCUGCAGUCACUGGACCUGAGUGACAACGCUCUUCAGGUCAUCUGUCCAGAGAUCGGUCAACUGCGCUCAUUACGACAUCUGCGAUUGGCCAACAAUCAACUGAAAUUCCUCCCGCAAGAGCUGGGAGAUCUCCGAGAGCUGGAGACUCUCGAUGUGUCCGUGAACCUCCUGAGGACUCUUCCAGAGCGUCUGCACCAGUGUCUGUCCCUGCAGUGCCUGACAGCAGACCGCAACCUGCUGCACUGCCUUCCUCGUCUGCUCUGUCUGCUGCCCGAACUCAAUGAGCUCUCCAUGGCUGCCAACUGCCUGACAUCACUGCCCCUGGAUCUGGGGCGCUCCAUGGAGCUGCAGUUUGUCUUUGUGGACAACAACGCUCAUCUAAAGGGACUUCCAUCGUAUCUUUAUAACAAAGUCAUCGGCUGCAGUGGGUGA